UAUAUAUAUUAUCUUUAAAAUAUGUUAAUAUAAAUUAUAUAUUUGGAUUACCUAUUUAUAUUCAUUAUUUUAACUUUUUCAACAAUCAAUCAAAUAUGAUGAUUCAAUAAAUUAGUUUGAUCAGUUAUAUCUACAUUUUUUGCAUAAAUUAUUUGAUCUGCAGUCUGCACUGUCUGUUUAUUUGCAUUAUUGAUUACGCCACUAAUCGAAUAAAAGUAUUAAUUUGUUGAUCUGCAGUGAAAAGAAUGAAAAGUGAUGCAUGCUGAGAGCCAAUGCAUGUAGGUUUGACUUUUUCUCCCUAUUAAUUGCUUAUAAACAAAAGGCAUUACUGUACUCUUCUUCUUGAAUGCGUUUCAGUAACAAUUUACACAGGACACUGUCGAUGAAACCUUUGUUGUUUAACAUUUUCUUCCUCUGUGAGUCUGUGACUACUAAUAGCUUGCCGUAAUGGAAAUGGAAAAGAAACUGGAAAGACGCAUAUAUACCAUUCAGUAAAGUAACUUAUAUUUGUUAUUUUCAUUAUGCCUUUAGGCCGGUCUAUACAAAUAUGCAGGACAUUGUUUCCUUGUGUAACAGUGUGUAUAAUCUAUUUUGCUAAGUGGCUGUGAUGUUAGCAUGAGAAAAAUAGUGGCUGGCGUGAUUUUAAAUCUCAUUUUCUUUUGGGUAAGUGAUAAUAGAAAACUUGUAGCACCAAAUUAGAAAUUCUCCAAUGGAAUUCGAACCGUGUGGUUGUUUUUUACUCAAUCUUGUGCUUGCUUCUUCAACUCCUUUGCCACAGUAUAAUAUUCUGGACAAUAGCAUAAGUCGUGUUCACAUAAUGCUUUGUAAUGCCUUGGCCUAAAUAUUAGCCAACAUGUUAUGUCUUGUGUUUGCCUGGUGUUACUUAAUGCUAUUUAUACCUGACCAUAGGGCCGUCAAUGGCUUUUAUACGUUGUCAAUGCAAAGUCGUCGAUUCAGUAAAGAAUGCUAUAGUAGUCGUGAAUCUCCGUCGUCUCAUGUCAUUCUGUGAAUCCAUCAAUUGGUUAAUGCUCAUAAUCCACGACAACAUCAUAUCAUCACUCCAUUGGAUCCGUAUAUAUAUUGGAGCCAUCAUCCUUGAACAUCUUCGUGAGUCGUGACUCGUGACCACCAUCAAGUAGAUAAAUAAUCACGUGGAGUGGAGACCAAUGCUAAUGAACUAUAUUUUGUCAAAGCAGAAUCAUGCAAUCCAAAUAAGGAAUUUGUGCGUCUUUUUUAAUUUCCUUUUCAAUAUCAAAUAACAUAACGCACAACCUUAAAAUAAAAUCCAAAGUACAUGAUUAUUUUUCUUUGUCUUUUUGUUAUUAAACCAAGGGCUUAUUUGCCAAAUAACCAAACAAAAAAUGAAAAUUAGAUUUUGGGAGAGAGAGUAGAGAGAGAUAGGAAGAGAAAGUAAGAGAGAGGGGAGAAUUUUGAUUAGUUAGUAUAUUUAAGUUUUUUUCAUGUAUAUAGGGUGCAAUUUCCCUUAAACCAAAAUCCCAAAUAAAAACAUAAAUUUCCAAAAUAUGAAUCAAAAAUAAAAGAUAAAAAUAGAUUAAAAAAUUCAUAAUUCAUAGAUCUUACCUCUGUUAUUUUGAUAAGUUUGAAAGAAAUUACAAUAGCUUUCUCAAAAUUAUUCAUUAGCCAAUAUGCUUAUUUAUACAAAAUGCCUAACUCUAUAAACAAAUUAUUUACAUAUAUGUUAACAGUAAAUAUAUCUAUUUAAAUAUAAGGAAAUUUACACAAUUAUUAAGUUUAUACUAUUACCGGAAUUGCGUUAGGUAGUAGCUAGUCUAGGUUGUAUAUUUAGUUUGGUGUUAUGGAUUCAAUUUUUUUUUUUAACUUUGGUGUGAUUUUAAAAAUUUUCUAGGUCCAAAGACUAAUCAUCAAGAGGUCCAUAGAAAUCUAGGUUUUAUUGUCACUUAAAGCGUCUAUGGUAGCCAAAGGAUAUCAAACUCAUGGCGAAAAUUUUAACCGAAACCUUUUUACCAAUAAGCCAAGAUCACUUGGUUGGAUUCAGUUUCAAGGCAUGUGACAGAUGUUUUCCAGAAUUCACUUGGAUGGAUUCAGUUUAGUGAUGCAUUCGAUGGAUUACUGCAAGUUAGAGAAAGAAGAAGCUCUUGAUCUCCUUCGUGGCAAGAAAGUCGCCGUCAUUGGCUUCAAGAAAUCUGCCAUUGAUUUGGCUUUAGAGUCUGCUUUAGCCAAUCGAGGAGAAGGUGGACAAGCAUGCACAAUGGUGGUGAGAACAACACAUUGGGUGAUUCCGCAUUAUUGGCGAGCUAUGGUAUCAAAAUUCAUCGAAUCAUAUGUUACCUGGAAGCUUCCUCUAGAGAAAUAUGGUCUUAAACCGGACCAUCCUUUUGAAGAAGACUAUGCUUCUUGUCAAAUGGCGAUCAUACCGGAGAAUUUCUUCGAGGAAGCGGAUAAAGGGAUGAUCCGUUUUAAGAAAACACCAAAAUGGUGCUUUUGUGAUGAAGGGAUUGAGUUUGAGGAUGGGACUACGCUAGAAGCUGAUGUUGUGAUACUCGCGACUGGUUAUGAUGGAGACAAGAAACUAAAAGCCAUUAUUCCUGAACCAUUUCGAAGUUGGCUUGAGUUUCCAUGGGGUCUCAUGCCGUUGUACAGGGGAACAAUCCAUCCAUUGAUACCAAACAUGGGCUUCGUGGGAUACGUUCAAAGUAACUCGAACGUACGCGCAUCAGAGUUACGUUCCAUGUGGUUAAACCGGCUCAUGGAUGAGAAAUUCAAAUUACCAAGCAAAGAGAAAAUGUUGUACCAAUUCUAUAAAGAAAUGAAAGUGAUGAAAAAAUCAAGCAGAUUCUAUAAAAAUCACUGCAUUUCUACUUUCAGCAUCCAACAUGCUGAUGAUCUAUGUAAUGACAUGGGACUCAAUCCUCGGAGAAAAUCCAACUUGUUCCUUGACGUAUUUUGUCCUUAUGGUUCUCAAGAUUAUCGAUUCGAUCAAGAAGAAACUAAAUAAAUAUACUACAACAAGAAGUGUAACAAGUGUUGUUCAAAGGUGGUGCAAGACUGGCCA